CUAGCUGUCGAUGUGCAUGCUCCUCAGCCAUUCUUCUUCUUCUUCUUCUCACAUCUUCUUCUAACCUAAAAAAUCUCAAACCCACCUACUCUGGAUGGAUUCAAUUCAGAUGGAGACGAAGAAUCCACGCUUGAAUAUUGUAAUGGUCCCAUGGCUAGCCCAUGGGCACAUCUCUCCUUACUUAGAGCUUGCCAAAAGACUUUCCAACAGGAACUUCAAAAUCUAUCUAUGCUCAACUCCGAUCAAUCUGAGCUCUAUCAAGAAAAGGGUCACCCAGGAAUACUCUCAUUCAAUCAAACUCAUCGAACUCCAUAUCCCAUCUCAACCAGACCUUCCUCAUCCCAAUUUCCACACAACAAAUGGCCUCCCACUCCACCUCCACUCAGUUCUCAAAAGAGCCAUGGACAUGGCCAGUCCAUCUUUCACAGAAAUCAUUAAAACCCUCAAACCGGACAUACUCAUUUACGACUUCAACCAACAAUGGGCCUCAACCGCCGCAGCAUCAAUUGGGAUACCAGCAGUUCAGUUCCUCACCAGUAACGCUUCCUCCCUCUGUUAUGUCCUCCUUUUAUUCAAGAAACAGGACGUUGACUUCUCUUAUCCCGUCUUAAAUCUCGGAACUCACUGGAACCAACAGUUUCAAAAACUUUUGAAUUCAAGUGCAAAUGAUCAAAGCCAAGCUCAAAGUGGAAGCACAGGCACUAUGCCCACGAGUAGAACAUGCGACAUCACACUCAUGAAGACUUUUGGAGAAAUGGAAGGGAAAUACAUCGAUUACGGGUCAAAACUACUUGGCAAAAAGAUAGUCCCCACAGGUCCUCUGAUUCAAGAGCAUGAAGUCUCGGAAGAUAAUAGCGAGAUCAUGGAGUGGCUUAACAACAAAGAGACAUCUUCAACUGUUUUCGUAUCAUUUGGAACAGAGUUCUUUUUGUCUAGAGAAGAAACAGAGGAAGUAGCAAAAGGGUUGGAACUAAGUAUGGUGAAUUUCAUUUGGGUGCUUAGAUUUUCCUUUGAAGAGAAGAUUACAAUUGAAGAAGCCCUGCCCAAUGGAUUUCUUGAGAGAGUAGGAGAUAGAGGACUUGUUGUUGAGAAAUGGGUUCCACAAGCUAGAAUAUUGGGACACCCAAAUGUUGGAGGAUUUGUAAGUCAUUGUGGGUGGGGUUCUACAAUAGAGGCUUUGUCAUUUGGGGUGCCAAUUCUGGCUAUACCUAUGACCCACGAGCAACCAGUGAAUGCAAGGCUAGUGGAGGAGAUUGGUGUGGGUUUGGAAGUAAAUAGAGAUGAUAAUGGAAGGUUUAGUGGAAAAGAGAUUGCAGAUUUGAUAAGUGAAUUGAUAGUAGGUGAAAAAGGUAAGAAAAUAAGGGAUAAAGCAAGAGAAAUGAGAGAAAAAAUUAUAAGUAGAGGGGAAGAAGAUAUUGAUGAUGUUAUGGAAGAAUUGUAUAAGCUUUACAAGAACAAAAUUGAUGGGGAGAGCAAAGCUUAAUUAAUUGUCCAAUUUUAUGUUUGUUUGAUUUUUGUACCUUGGUAAUGAGUUAGUUAAUCUUUAUUACUCUAUC